AUAUUAUUAAAUUAAUAUAGUACAAUAGUACAUAAAUAUUCCACUGCUGUUAUAGAGCGCUGCAGAAUUGUUCUUAUCAUGUAAGUAAUAUUAAAGACGACUAAUCAGUUAUCAGUGACCAGUGUCCGUUCACCGUUGAGAUUUGACUCGUCUAAUAUUUUGAAUUUUUCAUUUAUUUAAGUUAAAUAAUUGUCUCGUACCCUAGUUCAAUAGUUGAUUGCAGCACCCCUUUUUUUUUCUAUUAGAUUAUCUAUGUUAAUCGUACUUCUUCUUUGUUCUCAUUACUCUUCAUGUGGUGGGUACAAACGUCGUCUAUUAAACUGCACAAGCCACAAAGUAUUUGGAGGCACUCAGUGCUUUGAUUUGAAUAACGAUAAAUUGUCUUGUCCGAAUAUUCAUUAACCGUAGUUUAAAAACUGAUAAAAUGGCUCAAGGAUCAAAUACUUCAAAAUUUGUGAAGACUUAUGGGAAACCUAGACGUACCCAACUCUUAGGACAAAAUUCACUGUGGAAUGAUGAUUUAAAUGAUGAUUUUGACAAAUGUUUGGGCAUUGAGGAUGUUCCACAAACAACAUUUAUUUCACCUGAACCCAGUGGCUCAGUUACAAUGUACAAGCCUGACAAACAUAAAAAAAAAUAUGAAGAUCAGAAGUAUUCUACUGGUGGAUGGUCAAUGCAAUUACAUUCUACUUUGGAUGGUCAUAGAAAUAAUUUGAGUACAAAAAAGAGAUUUACAGAAGACAAUUUAGAUAGUAAUCAUAAAAAGAAAAAACUAUUGUUAAAAAGUGCUCGAAAGAAAAAGGAAAAUUUAAAUAAUUCUAAUAAUUCAAAAGGAGUUACACCAAUCUCGAUCAAGAAAUUAAAAAACAAAUUUAUUUUGUCUAAAGAACAAUGUUCAACUCCAUUACAAAAAUCUAUGCUAUUUGCUCAUGGUAACAAAUUCAAUAGUAUGUCUUCAAAAAAAACAAAAAAAAGUAAAUUAAAAAAAAAUUUGUUGCAUGCCGUCAAUACUCUUAAUUCUUCAAAACUUCCCUUGCAACUAGAACAUUCACAUUCAAAAAAUUCUAAUAUUUCAAGGAAAAUAAAUUAUGAAUAUAAUAAACCAUUUGAUGAGUCUAUUCAAAUAUCUGGUUCUCAUUUCUUCCCAUCCAAAAACAAAUAUUCAGAAAAUAGUACAUUUAACAACCAGCUUUUUAACAGCCCUAAUAGACAAUGUAGAGUUAAAAAAAAAAAUAUUCCCCGCUCAAAAGAAAAAAACUCAAAUUGGUAUCAAAAAGUUAUGAAUAUUUUUUGUGAUGAAGAAUCUAUUAAUGAAGAAAAAUUGAAAAAUCAAGAUUUUAUGACUUCAGAAGAACACAUAAACAUGUGUAAUUUUGAACCAGUUUUAACUUCUGAAAUUAAACAAUUGGAGCCAUUAGAACAGCAGAAGCAAUCAUUUCCAUUAUCCAAUUUAAAUAACAUAUCAUUUCAAUCUUUACAACAUUUCAAUAUAAGUUCACCAGGAAAGGAUAAUCAUAGUCUGUCAUCUGUAGAUCAUUCUAAAUCAAACAGAGAAAAUAGCAUCAUAACUAUUGGCAGUAUCAAAGAAGAAACUAAUGAGGAGUCUCAACCAAGUCAACCAUGUAUACAUUUCAAUAUAAGUUCAUCAGGAAAGGAUAAUCAUAGUCUGUUGUCUUUAGAUCAUUCUAAAUCAAACAGAGAAAAUAGCAUCAUAACUAUUGGCAAUAUAAAAGAAGGAUCUAUCGAGGAGUCUCAACCAAGUCAACCACGUAUACAUUUCAAUAUAAGUUCAUCAGGAAAGGAUAAUCAUAGUCUGUUGUCUUUAGAUCGUUCUAAAUCAAAUAGAGAAAAUAGCAUCAUAACUAUUGGCAAUAUAAAAGAAGGAUCUAUCGAGGAGUCUCAACCACGUCAACUAUGUAUAUUAUACAAUAAAUAUCUGUCUGAUGAACAAUUUGAUUCUUAUACACCCGAUUCUGAAUCUCAGAUUAUAUUAGAUGUUACAACCAAGUUUUCUGAUAUUAUAAUUGAUGAUAAAAUUGAGCAGUGUGAUAAAUCUAUUGAAGAGGAAAGUUUAUUUGGCAAAUUUGAUCAUACAUUAGAUAUCUCUCUCGACACUUCAAACCACAAAUGUGACAUUAUUUCAAAUAAUUCUUAUAUUUUACAAAGUUCAUCUAGUUUAGAACAAGAUACUGUUAUUUAUAAACAAAACUGUACAAUAGAUGUGUUACAUACAAAAGAGAAUGCUGAUUAUAAUAAUCAAUUAUUAAAUGACAAAAGUUUUGAGUUGAAAACUCAUAAAACUACAAACAAAUGUGAAGAAAAUACCAGCACUAAAAAUCAGAUAAAUAUUUCUAUUAGUGAAAAUGACACAAAUGACAUAUUAGAAACCAAUGAGUCUGUAUUUGUGCCGCGGCGAAAGAGAUAUGCUGCUCGGUUUCAAAACUUGGAAGUUAUUGAAGAGUUUAGUCAGUUAGAUACCAUUUUGACAGAGGAAAACACAACAGUUUUUCAUUUAGAACCGGGCAAAAAGUGGCGUCGUUCUAUUUCAAUUGUUCGGGGUUGUAUGGACAGAAAUAUGAACGAGUCUAUAAAUUUCACCAAAGGACGAAAAUGGGCUUAUACAGUUGAUGACAUAUUACGACGGCAAUCUAUAAAUACUAGUAUUUAUCAAAAUUUAGAUCAAAGAAGUAUUUCAAAAAAUUCAAUGUGCAGUUCCAGCCAAAACUUGCAGAUAACUUCUACUGAUCUUGAAAACCAAAAAGCCAAAAGUUAUAUUUUUGAAGCAUGUCAUCAAAAAGAAUUAAUAUCUUUUGAAUCAUGGUUAAGCCCAAAGUAUACAAAUAAAUGGAAAAAGGUUGGAGAAGGUGUAUAUGGUGAAGUAUUUAGUUAUUCAAGUGGAAAUCGAUGUACUAUUGUCAAAAUCAUUCCUAUAGAAGGUCAAGUGAAUAUUAAUAGUGAGCAACAGAAGAAAAUGUUUGAAGUUUACAGUGAAAUUGUAAUAGCUACAGAGUUGAAUAAGUUGUGGAACAAAAGUAAUUUGAAUCAAACAAGUUCAUUUUGUAAACUUAAACGUGUUUCCUGUGUUCAAGGAAAAUAUCCUAGUAUUUUGAUUAACUUCUGGCAACAAUAUGACAAGGAUAAAGGUUCUGAUAACGAUAAUCCUGACAUAUUGCCAAAGGAUCAAAUGUUUAUGAUUUUGGAAAUGGAAAAUGGUGGGAUUGAUGUAGAAAGUUUUGUAUUUAACUCGGCGGAUCAAUCAUUAUUUGCAUUUUUACAGAUUGUUUUUGGGUUAGCUGUAGCUGAGGAAGAAUACAAGUUCGAACACCGUGAUUUACAUAUUGGUAACAUUUUAAUAAAAAAAUGUUCAAACAAGAAAAUAGCAUAUGAAUUGGAGGGUCAACAUUUCAAUGUACCAUCACGGGGAAUUAAGAUAACAAUAAUUGAUUACACCUUAAGUAGAAUGACAUAUAAUUCCAAUCAUAUAUAUAAUGACCUCUCUAAAGAUACAGAAUUAUUUACUUCAGUUGGUGACUAUCAAUUUGAUAUUUAUCGUAUGAUGAGAAAAGAAACUAAUGAUCAAUGGGAAUUGUUCAAACCAGCCACAAAUAUAUACUGGCUACAUUAUGUAUUGGAUAAAAUGCUUAUGUCAGUGCAUUAUAAAAAAACUAACACAAUUCUACAUAGUAAUGGCCUUUCAAAUCUGGAACGGUUGAAAAAUGUAAUAUUAUCCUUUAAUAGUGCAAAAGGUUUUGCCGAAAGUGAAUUAAUAUUGGAUUUAAUAGGAUACAAGAAGCCAUGAACAAAAUCAAUUGACUUGUUAUUUAAUAUUUAUACAUGUUAUUAUUCAAAUCAUUUAUUUAAUGUUUGACAGGUAAAGCUUAUCUGUUUGAGCUAUCAUAAAAUUUUAUUAUAAUAAUUUAUUUGUGUUAAUGAUCAUAUUAUCUGCUAACUUACUCUACUGUCUGAUUAAUUAUUGGUUGUUUUAUUUUUUAAUUAAUUGUGUAUGAUCUCAUUAUAUUUUUAACUAGAUUCCACUAAAGUAAAUAAAGAUUUUUUAUAUUUUA